AUGGAGACCCGACCACAAAUAGCACCGGCCAGCGAGCCGGAACGGAACACGACGACCGAGAAGGACGGAGAAUUGAAGGCUCCGGAGUUUGACCUAUCCCAUCGCCCAGAUGGCGGCAUCACGGCUUGGCUACAGGUUCUGAGCGCCUGGUGUGUGGUAUUCAGUACGUUUGGUCUGGUCAAUUGUUUUGGAGUGUAUCAAACGUACUAUGAACAAGUCUUGCUGCCAUCGAGCUCCUCGUCUUCGAUCUCAUGGAUUGGGUCCAUUCAAGGGUUUUUGCUCUUAGCUGGCGGCCUUUUUUCCGGACCUCUCUUCGAUAUGGGAUACUUUCGACACCUGCUUUGUAGCGGACUUUUCCUCAUCAUCUUUGGCCAGUUUAUGACAUCACUGUGUACAGAGUACUAUCAAGUUCUCCUCGCGCAGGGAAUAUGUAUCGGCUUGGGCUGUGCCUUAUGCUUUUCUCCGUCCACGGCGAUCUUAUCACAGUACUUUUCUCGGCGCAUUGCCUUGGCGACAGGCAUAGGCUCAUCAGGAUCGCCCGUAGCCGGUGCAGUGUUGCCUAUCGCGUUCAACCAGCUUGUUAGUAGAAUAGGUUUUGGCUGGGCCACGCGGGUCAUCGCAUUUAUCCUUAUGGGUGUUGCGGUGAUCCCUUUGCUUUUCUUUAAGACAAGACUCCCUCCAUCAAAGCAUCGAAGGGCAUUGGUUGAUAUGUCUGCGUUGACCGAUGUGACCUAUAUGACAUUUGUCAUUGGUGGAUUUUUCGCCUUCUUGGGCUUAUACGUCCCCUUCUUCUACAUCGAGCUCUUCACAGUCGAUCAUGGGCUCGCAUCCAGCACCUUCGCCCCUUACAUGGUGUCUAUCAUGAAUGCUGCGAGCGUCUUUGGCCGUGUAGUGCCUGGAGUCGUUUCCGAUUUUACAGGCUUACCGACAAUGGUCAUGGCCGGAUGUGCCCUUCUGUCUUGUGUUCUGUCGUUUGCUUGGAUUGGUAUUCGGAACUUCGGAGGCUCGGUAGUCUUUGCUAUCCUGUAUGGCGCGUUUUCCGGAGGCGUUGUCAGCAGCCAGCCGACAGGAAUAUUCUCAUUGACUUCGGACCACAGUCGCAUCGGUACGCGCCUAGGUAUGGGAUGCUUCAUUGCCGGAGUAGCACUGCUGAUAGGCACGCCAAUUGCUGGUGCAAUGUUGGGCACCGGAACGCGGGAAUCGAGUUGGGAAGGACUAAUCGGCUUUUCAGCCACCGCCAUGUUCUUGGGUGGAUGCUUGCUUCUGACGACUGGAAUGAUGGUGUACUUGCGCCUGCGCCGCAAGAUACGUGACCAGCUCUAA